GGGCGCUCCACUGUUAAGCUGGCGGCGUCGCUGGGCGGACCGCUCCCGGGGUUUGGGAAGGAAGCGGCGGGCUGGCCCUCCCAAGAACACUGUUGUUGUUCACCCAGAGAGAAUCCAGAAGAAGGCAAAAAUGACUGUUGAACUAGUGAAAGCCAUGUCCCAGGACUUGGUGACCUUCAAAGAUGUGGCAGUAGACUUUUCCCAGGAGGAAUGGGAAUGGCUAACUCCUUCUCAGAGGAGCUUAUACAGGACUGUGGUAUUGGAGAACUAUCAGAACCUGGUUUCAGUGGGAGCUUGCCUUUCUAAGCCACAUCUAAUCUCCUUGUUGGAGCAAGGGAAGGAGCCUUGGGAGGUGAAGAGCGUGAUGAUAAGAAGCCCAUCACCAGAUGGGGAGCCCAGAUAUAAGACACAGAAAGUAUCUGUGAAGAAAUUCCUCUCUGAUGAUGUGUCAGUGGAGAAAAUGACAAGCUCUCGAAAAACGUGGAAAUGUAAAGAACUUUCUGAGAAGCAGAUGGUAAGUCCAGAGACAUUUAGCAGGCAAGAAACUAUCACUCAUAACAAAACCCUCACAAAGAAAACAAGCUGCAAAUACACCCGACCCUGGAAACCUGUCUAUCUGGACUAUGUAGAAAAUAAUGUUUAUAGUCACAGGUCCACUAAGAAAAGCUUCUCCAAGAAUUCCACAGUGCAAAAACUCAAGAAAGUCUAUACAGGAAAGAAACUUUUUAAAUGUAAUCAGUGUGAGAAAACCUUUACCCAUAGCUCAUCUGUUACUGUUCACCAGAGAAUUCAUACGGGUGAGAAACCAUAUGAAUGUAAGGAAUGUGGUAAAGCCUUCAAGCAGAGGCAUCAUCUGGCUCAACAUCAUACGACACACACCCACGAAAAACUCUUUGAGUGUAAGGAAUGCAACAAAGCCUUUAGCCAGAAUUCCUACCUUAUUGUUCAUCAAAGAAUUCAUACCGGAGAAAAACCAUACAAGUGUCAGGAAUGUCGAAAAGCUUUCAGGCAACUUUCUCACCUGACUCAGCACCAGAGGAUACAUACCGGAGAGAAGCCGUAUGCAUGUGAGGAAUGCGGGAAGGCGUUUAGGGAUAGCUCUACUUUUGCUCAACACCAGCGGUGUCACAGCGGCAAGCGGCCCUAUCAGUGUCUCGAGUGUGGUCAAGCCUUCAGGUAUAACAUGUCCCUUACGCGUCACUUUCGACAUUAUCAUACUGGAGAGAAACCAUUUGAUUGUACUGAUUGUGGGAAAGUCUUCAGUGUUCACAAAGGACUUACAAUGCAUAGGCGAAUUCAUACCGGAGAGAAACCCUACAAGUGUAGUGUGUGUGGAAAGGCGUUCCGCAGUGGUUCAUCUCUGACUGUACACCACCGAAUUCACACGGGAGAGAAGCCUUACAAAUGCGAUGAUUGUGGGAAAGCCUUUAGCCAUCGUAUGUCACUCACUGGACAUCAGAGAGUACAUUCUGGAGAGAAGCCUUAUGAAUGUAAGGAAUGCGGGAAAGCCUUUAGGCAGAGUAUACAUCUUGCUGUUCAUUUGAGAAUUCAUACUGGAGAAAAGCCCUAUGAAUGUAAGGAGUGUGGAAAAGCUUUUAGAGAAAGCUCCCAGCUGACCAUUCAUCAUAGAAUUCAUUCAGGAGAGAGGCCUUUUGAAUGUAAGCAAUGUGGCAAAGCUUUCAAAAGGAGGACAUAUCUUGCCAGACAUCAGAAAAUUCACACGGGAGAGAAGCCGUAUGAGUGUAAGGACUGUGGUAAAUCCUUCGCUCAUGCUGCUUACCUUGUAAGACAUAAGAGAGUUCAUACUGGAGAGAAACCUUACAAAUGCCCCGAAUGUGGAAAGGCAUUUGGUGAUGGCUCAUCCCGUGCUCAACAUCAGAAACUUCACAGUGACCAAAGGCCCUAUGUGUGUGUUAAAUGUGAAAAGGCGUUCAGAACAAGGUCAUCCCUUACUUGUCACCAAAGACGUCAUACUAGAAAGAAAUCUUAAAGCUGCAGCACAUGUGGCAAAUCUUUCCUUUAUCAGAUUUUUAAAAAAUGUGAAUGGCAUCCCGGGGGCCGUCCGAGUCGUCCUCGCGGAGCAUGUGCGCGCCCCUCCGGUGACAUGCGGGGCCGCGAGCUCGGGGCCCUCCAGGGACAAGGCGCCCCUUACACAAAGCCCGGCCUGGGCCGUGGCGUGACGGCGGGGACUGCGACCGCUCGUGCCCGCCCUGCCCGGGGAAGGCCGCCCUCGAGGAAUGGUCUCGCCUCCAGGGGCCGGCGAGGAGCAGUGACCUCGGGGCCUGUGCGCAAAGUUCUGCCCCCCAGAGAGAAGGCCCUCCACCAGGAGAGAAACCACAAACAAGAGCCUCCCUGGAUCGGAACUGAACCCCAAAACACGUCUCAGGGCUUAGUGACAUUUGGAGAUGUGGUUAUAGUGUUCUCCCAAGAGGAGUGGGAAUGGCUGAAUGCCACACAGAAGAGUCUGUACAGGAAGGUGAUGUUGGAGAACUACAGAAGCCUGGCAUUACUAGGCCUUUGUGAUUCCAAGCCUGAUAUGAUUCUCUCGUUGGAGCAAGGAGAAGAUCCCUGGAUUAUGAAAAAAAAGAUGACAAGAGGCCAGUGCCGCGGCUUGAAGGCUAUGCAGGAGAUCAAGGAAUUUCCUGUAAAGGACUUAAAUGAAGAAAAGGUAUCCCAGGCAGAGGAAACAAAGAAACUCACAGGCUACAGGCUGGAGUAUUCCAUGUUAGGGGAAAAGUGGGAUUAUGAUCCUCUGUGUGAGAAACAGCUGGGCUUGGAGACCAUCACAACUACAUCUGUAGUCUUCUCCCAGCUGCUAGACCCAGCUCAGAACAGUUCCCAUAAGACUGUGAUGUGCAAGAAUCAUAAUGACCGGGGGUCCAUAGGAAAUUGUGUUUCUAAGACAAAUUUGGUUGCCUUACUGGACAAAGGGAAGGAGCCCUGGGUGAGGCAAAGAGAGCUGGCGGCAGGCUUGUUCUCAGGCCAGCAAUCUGUACAUGAAGCCCAGGACUUAAUUCCCAAGCAAGACUCAUGUGCUGAAGGGGUAACAAACAGAACUUCCAAUGCUGAACUUGGGUGUUCCACUCCCAGAGAAAAUUUGGAUUCUCAGUGUGUGUCUGAAAGGAAUGGUCAAGAGAUGCCAUUUGGGCAAGAAACAAUUACUCAUAGCAAAGCUUUCUCAAGGGAAAAAGAGCAUAUAUAUAUCAAAUCUGGAAGGUGGUACUGUUUAAAUGAUUCAGAAGACAGAAUUCGUGAUUGUGAUUCAGGUAGAAGUUUCCUAAAAACUUCAGUGAUAUUAAAACAGGAUGGAAUCUAUGCAGGAAAAAAACUUUUCAAAUGUAACGAAUGUAAGAAAAGUUUUACCCAGAGCUCAUCCCUUACUGUCCACCAGAGAAUUCAUACUGGAGAGAAACCCUAUAAAUGUAAUGAAUGUGGAAAGGCCUUCAGUGAUGGUUCAUCUUUUGCACGACAUCAGAGAUGCCACACUGGCAAGAAGCCAUAUGAGUGCAUUGAGUGUGGUAAAGCUUUCAUACAGAACACAUCCCUUAUUCGGCACUGGAGAUACUAUCACACUGGGGAGAAGCCCUUUGAUUGCAUUGACUGUGGGAAAGCCUUCAGUGAUCACAUAGGGCUUAAUCAACAUAGGAGGAUUCACACAGGAGAGAAGCCCUACAAAUGUGACGUGUGUCACAAAUCCUUCAGGUAUGGCUCAUCCCUUACUGUACAUCAAAGGAUCCACACCGGAGAAAAACCAUAUGAAUGUGACGUUUGCAGGAAAGCCUUCAGCCACCAUGCGUCACUCACUCAGCAUCAAAGAGUGCAUUCUGGAGAAAAGCCUUUUAAAUGUAAGGAAUGUGGGAAGGCUUUUAGGCAGAAUAUACACCUUGCUAGUCAUCUGAGGAUCCACACUGGGGAGAAGCCCUUUGAAUGUGGAGAAUGUGGGAAGUCCUUCAGCAUCAGCUCUCAGCUUGCAACUCAUCAGAGAAUUCAUACAGGAGAGAAGCCCUAUGGAUGUAAGAUUUGUAGCAAAGCAUUCACCCAGAAGGCUCACCUUGCACAGCAUCAGAAAACUCAUACGGGAGAGAAACCAUAUGAGUGUAAGGAAUGUGGCAAAGCCUUUAGCCAGACCACACACCUCAUCCAACACCAGAGGGUUCAUACUGGAGAGAAACCUUAUAAAUGUGUGGAAUGUGGGAAGGCCUUUGGUGAUAACUCCUCAUGUACUCAACACCAGAGACUUCACACUGGCCAAAGGCCUUAUGAGUGUGUGGAAUGUGGAAAGGCAUUCAAGACAAAGUCAUCCCUUAUUUGUCACCGUAGAAGUCACACUGGGGAGAAACCUUAUGAGUGUAGUGCAUGUGGGAAAGCCUUUAGCCAUCGUCAGUCCCUCAGUGUCCAUCAGAGAAUUCAUUCUGGGAAGAAACCAUAUGAGUGUAAGGAAUGUAGGAAAACCUUCAUCCAAAUUGGACACCUUAACCAACAUAAGAGAGUUCAUACUGGGGAGAGAACUUACAACUACAAGAAAAGCAGGAAAGCCUUCAGGCCGACUACACACUUUGCUCGCCAUCAGAGAAUUCAUUCUGGAGACUCAGCACACCCUUUGCCUUCUACAUCAAACCCUGUAGAUCUGUUUCCCAAAUUUGUCUGGAAUCCAACCUCACUGCCAUCACCAUAGUGUCAGAACCUCGUCAUUUCAGCUUCACUCCUUUCACAGCUCAUCUCUCUGUCCUUUUGUUUGUUGUCACAAAUCGGCUCAUGUAACAGAUUGUGUUUGUAAAAGUGUAAAUGCAAUGAAUUGGCUCAUAUAACACUUGUAUUCAGAACUUCUCAAUUGGUUAAUGUAUAUGAAAUGCUUCCCACAGUGCCUGAUCUAUAUUGAGCAUUCAGCAAACUUAGCUCUUUUACAAAGCAUUCUUUUUGAACAUUGACAACUUAUAGUCAGCUCCAGUAAAAAUGAUUCAGUAGACUGAGAUCAGGAAAGCCCAGAUUAUAGAAGAAAGGAGGUUUCCCAAUAGUUUAUUAGGUUUUGCCCAUUUUCCUGUAAAAUUUGAUCCCAUACCAAAAGUAUAGUGGUAUGUCCUGUAAUCCUGGUAGUUAGGAGGCAAGGCAGGAGUAGCAGGAGUUCAAGGCCAGCCUGGGCAACUUAGUGGAACCCUGUCUUAAAAAAUUACAACAACUUGAUUCUAUAGUGCUGACUAUAUUGUGAUUUUCCAUUUGAUCUACAUGAAUGUAAGGUACUGCAACAUUUUUGGUGAGAAAAUAAUGCUUUAAUUUGACAACAGUCUUAGAAAGUUUAGAAAACAUGGGUAAGUAAUGAAAGAUUUAUAAAGUUAAAAGUACAGACACUAUGAGAAAAAAAAACUGGAUUUAUCUAUUUAAAGGCACUUGAAUUAUGAAUGAAUUCUUGUUGAACUUUCAAAAAAAACAUUAACUGAAGUAAACUGAUAUGUAGUAUGGCUCAGCAAACUGUCUUAUGGUUAAAGCCUAACUGUUUUUGUAUGAUCCAUAAAUGAAAUUUUCUAGAAGUAUGUAUAAGUUGUUAAAAAUGGGAUAUUUCCAACUGUGAAAUUUCUUUUUCAGUGUCUAUAAGUAAAGUUAUGAGACACACAGAGACACACUCCUUCACUUGUAUAAUGCAUAUGGUAUUUUCGCUCUACAAAGGUAAAGUUGUGUGAAUAUGCCAUGUGGAGUUAAGAGCCCAAAAUAUGUGUGUCCUAAACCUUUAUAGAAAAAUGUUUGCUGAUCCCUACUAUAGAGUUUGUAUGUGUUUUAAAAAAUAAUUAUUUAUUUACCUAUUUACUUGAGAGAGGGAGAGAGAAAGAGAAUGGGCACGUCAGGGCUUCUAGCCACUGCAAAUGCAUGUGCCACCUAGUACAUCCAGCUUUAGAUGGGUACUGGGGAGUCAAACCUGGGCCCUUAGGCUUUGCAGGCAAGUGACAUAGCCACUGAGACAUAUUUCCAGGCUUCCUGUGUUUUCAAAAAUAUUUUUAUUUAUUUGUUUGCAAGUAGAGGGAGACAGAAGAGAGACAAGAGAGAAUGGGCACACUGGGGCCUCUAGAAAAUGGACUCCAGAUGCAUGCACCACAUUGUGCAUUUGGCUUUACGUGGGUACUGGGGAAUUGAACCAGGGUCCUUAGGCUUUGCAGGCAAGCACUUUAACCACUGAGCCAUCUCGCAAGCCCUGCCUGUGUUUCUAAGUGGGUUUUACUUGACUACAGCCAUACUUACUGGUUUAUCUACUGUCUGUUUAUGCAGCAUUGGCUGAGUUGAGUAGCUACAAUGAGGAGUGCAUAACUUUUCUAAGCCUUAAAUAUUUAUUGCCCUACAGCAGGAGACAAUAUAGAACAGUUUAUAAUUUUAUGGAGUACUACAACUGAUAUCAAAAACAAAAACAAAAAAUUGUAAAGCAAUUUAUACAGAUUAUAGGAAAUUUCUAAAUUAUAUUGAAAUAGAAAAGCUGUCAAUAAAAGGAUAUAUGAUUUUCAGAGGAAAUUUUAAUAAAAUGUUGAUAAAUUAUAAUUUAAAAAAAGGGCUCAGGAGCAUAUUCUUGUUUUAGCAGUUUUAUCUGAAACAAUUUCAGCAAGGAAUAAUUAGGGAAGAAUAUUCAGGAUAUUUUUGAAACAGUUGCUUUGCGUAUGAGAUUUGGUGUAUAAUACUGGCAUCUUCAUACUGGGAAAAGGACAUUUACAUAGUCUUCUUUGCACCUUUCCAAAAACAAAUGCAUUUAUGCCUUUCAGACAGAUGCAAAAUAUCUUAAUAUCUCUAACUCUAAAAUAAUGUUGGGGCACCCAGGAAGGAAGAAACCUUUACCCAGUUGAACAUGUAGCCCCAGAAGCUGUGAAGGGAGACAUUGGCUUAUACAAGGAUGUAAGUCUUUGGCAUGGUGAAAAAUAACAAACCAUGGAAAAGCCUAUUUAUAGGAAAUCUAGACAAUUCAGCGAAUAUGCCAGUUAGGUAUUUUGCUGUCAAACAUGCACAGCAGUGGAGGAAGGCCAACAAUGAAAACAAAGCAGCUUAAGCAUUUAGAUGAUUCAAGAUAAUUUGUGACGUUGACCACCUCAUUAAACAGAACAUAAAAAAAAAAAAAGUUCCCAGUUCAGUGGAUCAGAAAUCUAAAAUUUGUAUAAUAUCUGUUUCAUCACUAAUGGUGUAAAUUUGCCUCCUGUCUUCAAAUGCCAAUAUGUUAUGACCUGUCAAUAUUAUCAAUGUGUAUUCUUUUCAAGACAGAAAUUCCAUAAAUGGAUGCUUAUGUUUAUCAAGAAUUUAAAAGAUCAUGAUAAGUGGGAAUUAUGUUUCUGCCAGAUUGAUUAAAUGGUGGGUAUAUAGUACUCUAUUACACAGUUAACCAAAGAGGUUAAGCUCUGUGUAUACUUCUGUAGAAAGUUGUUCACAACAUAUUAAAUGAAAUGUCAUUUGCAGACCUUUGUGUGUAAAAGGAUCUUGUGUUCAGUCAGAGCCAAUAGUGAAUACCCCUGUACAAAUCCACCAGAUAUGUUACACUCUGUUUUAACCCUUAACACAGUCUGCUGGUUAGCUUUCUUCAGUUUAUAUUAUUUUAGUGAACUAACAGUCACAUGUGGCUUCAGUUAAGCCAAACAAUUUUCCAUUCUCUGUAUUUUGACUGAGGAUAUAGGACGGAACAGGGCCCAUUUUCAGUUUUAUGAACACAUAUGGCAUAAUUGAGGGUUUUGGUCUGUAUUGCCAUUGUUUGAAAACAUUGAUGUGUCAGCUGUUGAGUAUACUGAAUCUCACUCUUGGAUAGGAAGUUAUUCGAAUUGCCCUCCUUGUGUGAAUGGAGGCAUUCUUUGACAACAAUCUUAGGUUUCUUGAGUCUAUCUUUGGGGCCUGCUGAAAUUAUUCCUGCUUUCUCACGGUGGUCUUUUCAGUUAAGUUUGCGUUAAAAAAAAAAAAAAAAAACGUUUUG